GCGCUGGUGCUGGGCACGCUGCUGGGCAACGCGCUGGUGUGCGCGGCCGUGCUGCGCUGCCGCCGCCUGCGCGCCCGCCUCACCAACUGGUUCGUGCUGUCGCUGGCCGCGGCUGACCUGUGCGUGGGGGCGCUGGUCAUGCCCUGGCGGGCGGUCACGGAGCUGGCGGGCGGCGCCUGGCUCUUCGGCAGCCGCUUCUGCGACACGUGGGUGGCCUUCGACAUCAUGUGCUCCACCGCCUCCAUCCUGCACCUCUGCCUCAUCAGCCUGGACCGCUACUGGGCCAUCGCCAGCCCCUUCCGCUACCAGCGCGGCAUGACCCGGUGCCUGGCCGCCACCAUGAUCGCCGUGGCCUGGGCCCUCUCCCUCCUCAUCUCCUUCGUCCCCGUGCAGCUGCAUUGGCACCGGGCUGGCGGGGACGGGGACGCGGGGCCACUGCCCCGCUGCGACACCCGCCUCAACCGUCCCUACGCCGUGACCUCCUCCCUGGUCAGCUUCUACAUCCCCGUGGCUGUCGUGAUCGCCACCUACGCCCGCAUCUACCGCAUUGCCCGGGCCCAGAUCCGCCGCAUCUCCUCCCUGGAGCAGGCCGGAGGGCGGUGCCCAUCGCAGGACGGGGAGCCGGCCUCCUCCCUGCGCAAGGAGGCCAAGGUGCUGCAGACCCUCGCCCUCAUCGUGGGCGUCUUCGUCUGCUGCUGGCUGCCCUUCUUCGUGCUCAACUGCCUGGUGCCCUUCUGCCAGCCCAGGGAUGAGGACGGCCCCCAGGAGCCAUCGCCCUGCGUGGGCCAGACCACGUUCAAUGUCUUUGUGUGGUUUGGCUGGGCCAACUCAUCUGUGAACCCGGCAAUCUAUGCUUUCAAUGCAGACUUCAGGCGGGCGUUCGGCAGCUUGCUGGGCUGCCCAUGCUUGCACCGCUCUGCGGCCAGCUCAGCUGUGGAGAGGGUCAACUUCAGCAAGGAGCUGGUCUCCUAUCACCGUGCUGCCACCUGCCACAAGGAGGGGGUUGCCACACCUCCGCUUCCUCCCCCUGCAGUCACUGCCUGGGCCCCACCCGUGCCCCAUGAUGUGAGCCUACAGGGAGAAGAGGAGAGUAGUGAGGGUCCCCCUCUGGGGAAGAGGCCUGGAAACUCUCUCUUGCAGGCUGCCCACAGCAACAGCCCCAGGAGUCUCCACCUGCCAGCCCUUCUGCAGUUUGAGUGUGAGGCAGAGGUAUCCCUGGAAACCAUCACCCCUUGCACAGGGCUCACUGUCACCCCAACCCGGAGGGAUAAGAUCUUCCAUUCCUCACGCACCUAAAGGAAGAAUAGGCCUCCUCCUUGCACAGACAUAUCACUCCAGCCCACAGGAUUCACUGCUCCCUGUACCCUGCAUGUACCCAAGACCCCAUUGCAGAAGAAUGAGAUAAACACAGCCUGCCCCAGACAGAUAACAGCCACAUAUUAACCAUCCUAUUUCACCUAAAAUGGGUGCUCAUCCUUAAUAGGUUAAUCGUUCCUUGGCACUCAUUGGCUGACAGCACUUCAAGCAAACCAUCUGAAUCUGGGUUUAUGCUUCUAAAUAAAAAUGGAUAGAUUUUCAAAAGAUGUGCAGGAAAUGCAGAUGCCCAGCAAGUUGACAGGGGCCAUAGGUGCUGAGGACUUCUGACAAUCAGCUGCUCUUAUUUAGGAGCCUGAAGACGGGCUCUGGCACCUAGCUUUGUUAUCCAGGGUUGAACAUUUUGAGUUGUGACUUUUGUGAUCUUAAAGAAGUUAGAAAAUUCAUUAUUGUAUCAGGCUGCAGUUACAAUACCUCGGGAUGUGAUGUUUGAUGACUCACCUUGGGGGGCGUAGGGUAGGGGGAAUGGUGUCAGCUUCUCUCUUCCAUUCCUAGGUUGUGAACUGUUUCUUAGACUAAAGGUCAAGGUGUUGGCAUCCUUGUUUUCAUGUCAUCACCUUCAACUAUUUCCUUAAAGGCCAAUUCAUACAAUUAAGGGCUUCUAGUUCAGAUUGGUAAACACCUUCCUUGCCCUGGUGGUUACCAUUUUCUUGUAAAUAUAUGCCACACAGGAAACAUUUAUCUCCACCCAAACCACAAAUGUAUAUUAUAGAAUUGUUGGACUUCCCCUUACUGUCACCCCAAAACAAAGCCGCAAUUUCAUCCUAAAGGUGUAAUAGGGUCACCUGACCUCCUCCAACACACACAUUCUGGAGAGAAACUGCUUCAGCCGUCAACACGCUGCCUUGGAGGACUGCCUUCCUGUUAUCUCCCUAUCAGCAUUCCCAGAUCCCCACCCUGGAGGGUAACUCCACAUUCCAUUUCUCAGAGGGUUAACUCCUCCUGCCGACAUGUUACUGCCUUCCUCGGGGUCAAGCAGCCUUCUAACAGCCGAACGCCAACAUGAAAUUGUCAUUUCCUACAGCUUCUCCUCACUAGUACUUCUACAUUCCCAUUACAAAUUUUAAGAGCUGUUAAUUAAAUGAAGGUACAGAUUCUGUACUCACACAGUUCAUUUUCCAUAUGAGAGCUGUCUAUCCCAGGAAGUCUUUUUGAGUUAAUAAAUGUAGUAGUGGGAAUUUAACAUAUGGUAAAAUGAGUUGGGAAAAUUAAGCAACUGACACAUUUAAAUACCUGGCAUCAGAUCUCUGGGAAACUUUCUGUUAAGGAUAAUCAUGUGUGCAUAGGAUAUUUGAUGUAGAAAAUAGCAUGUAUACUAGGAAUGGGAAAACCUGUCUCUUUAUACCAGUACAAUUUAAACAAGGUACAUAAAUGUGUCAAGAUUGUAUCUAGAAAUGGAUAUUUACUUAUAACAAAAAUAUGGCUUUGUACUCGGUUUUUAGGGGCAUAUUGUAAAAUAAUAAUUUGAAAGGGAUGCUAAAAAGGACUGUUUAUCACAGUCAUUACCGACAUGUGGAUGUCAUAAAAUAUUUUAAAAGUUGGAUAUUCACUGUGGAAUUUCUAAAGUCGUCCCAUGAUAAGUUUUAGAAAUCAUGUGUUAUAAAGUGCUUCUGUUUAUAUUAAUCUGAAGUGAUAUGUAACUAAUGAUAAAGCAUUGCUUAUGCUACACUAUAUAUUGUCCACCUAGACUAUGAGCUGCAUCUUCUGCUACUAAUAAUUUAAGGAUAUAAAUCUUAGUACCAUAUUUGUUUCUGUUUUCUUCUGAAUUUCCAUUUUCAAGGUGAAUGUAUAUGAAGAUAGGGAGAACUUAUAUGCAGUAGAGUCUGGCUACAAAAAAGAAACUGCACUCUGCAAAGAAGAAGAAAUUAUUAAGACCCAGGAGGAAAGCUUUCUAGAGCUGCAGGAAUAGCAGGAGGAACAAGAGCCUCCUUGUCUUCUGAUCAAGAGCCCCAAGACUAGCUCCUACCAAUGUGCUACUAUCACAACUGCCAAAUGAUACUUUCAGUAACCAGUUACUUGAACAUUUAUUUAAAAACAAAACAUCACCAGUCAAAUGCCACCCUGAACAUAUAUUUAUUGUUGGUAGGUGAACAGGGAGGUGCACAAGGUGUGCAAAGAUUAUUUUGAGCGCCUGGUUACUAAGGAGCUAUGGUGUUUCAUGGGCAAUAUUUUUUAAAAAGCAAAAGUAUCUCACAGAAAAUAUACUCCUUUGCCAUUAAACAAACUUUUGGGGGUUUUAUGGUUGGUUGUGUUUAUGUGGGCCCUGAUCUUGCAAUUCAUUAAUCGGGGGAAGUUGGUGUCUCUGCACAGAGCCCCAUUAGAGGUGCUUUGUGUAGGCACAGCAGUCAAUCUGCAUGCAGGAGCUCUGAUCACAAAAUGGGGUUCUUUGACUGAGAGCCAAGUGUACAGCAUGUCCCACAACAGGACUUAAAGGUUUUGGGGUUUUCCAAGGUUAAAAGGAUAAAUAAUGGAAGAAUGUUUUAGGCCUCUUUGCAGCUUUGUCAGCUAAAAUCCAAAUAAAACUACACCAAAUAGACUUUAGAUCUCAUCUCAGAUGCUUUCCCUUUUAAGAAGGUUUCCCCAUUGAAGUGGGCAAAGGAGAGCAUAACAGCUUGCUCUUACAAGCUCAAGAGAAACACAUGUACUCUACAUUUCAGGGGCAAGAAUGGCUCUACACCCCUACAUUCUCCCCAUCACUGCUUCUAUACACAUUCAGAAACAACUCCAUCAUGCAAGAAUACGAAAGGAAAGGAAAGGGUAAUUUAGACUUUUAAAAACUACAAACCACUGCAUUGUACAAGUCUAAGGAGCCACUUCAAGAGAUGGAAAAAGUACAGUUUAUGACAGGGAUGGGCAAAAUGGCCCGUGAGCCACAUGCAGCCCACCAGGCCAU